AUGACUAGGUUGCUAUGGUGGAUCCUCUUCGUCUGUUUGGUGUCAUCCAAGAGCUCAGUACAGACGGUUCCGCAGGAAAAAGCACCAGAGUGGUCGGUAUGGACACCAUGCCUAGCAGAUCAAGGCCAAUCAAUGUCAUACCGCUUCAAGACCUGCGGCCAUCCAGACAAUCCUCAUCGUAAUCAAACAGAUCAUCAAGCGCAUCAAGGUUGUUCAAAGACAGUAAUCGAGGUCGCUUCCCGCGUCUGUGUUCCCGCGUGCGAAACUGGCAUUAUCCAGCGGCUCCUGAACGAUGACGGUCAACUACAGUCCAUUGACCAGGAGGACGAGAACGUGGCUCGGUGUUUACAGAUGGCUGCGGAGCAGAGUAAACUUCAACAAACAUCAAAGAGAUUGAAAUCAAGGGACAGAAAUACUGCAGUGCGUUAUGACGAGUUUAUGACUGGAAUAGACAUACUGUCGCAUUUGUUCACUGCUUACACAAAACACAGGCCGUCUAUGAAAGAGAGGGAAGCUAUGGAGAAUAUCAGGAUGUUACUAGCUCCUCAAAUAAACAACUUGCAAAGUACGAGUGAACCUGGUAGGAAGGCGUCAGAGGAGACGGCACCCAGUACCACAAAAAUGGAAAGACCUGACAGGCUACAAGAGCAGUUGGGACUCCUGCAGAAUCGCCCAGAAUCGAGAAAUCAUUUGUCAGGAGACGUGGGAGCACCAAACCUUAAUGGUCAACAAUCCCCUUUGCAGCGGCAUCGCGUGAAACGUGAUGUGGAAUCGCUAGUCAUAGCCCCUGUCGUGGAUAUCGAGGUCAACGGCAGUAUGUUUUACCGAGUGGGUCAGCUUCUUCUACAGAAGGGACAGCAGAUUAAAGGAGUUCUACAAAGAGGCAUAGAUACUGAUUUUGCCAGCCAUUUUGAGAGAAUUGGAGAGGGGAUUAGACGCCUUCUCUCUGGUCGCUGGAACAACUUCGUACAGAAAAUCUUGCCUGAUCGUACAGCUGACACGAACACCACCGCUCCUGUCACCGAUGAACAUCAACCAUUGCAUUCUUUCUUUGAUAGACUGAGGGGUUUGUUGGAUAUCAGGAAUGGUCUUUCAGGCGAAUCAGGCAAACCUACAGUAUCGGUCAUAGAAAACAGCCACACCAACAACUCUCCGUUGCCGAAUCAGGCAGCAGAUGAUCCACUCGAUGUCCAGACGGCUUCAAAAACUGAUCCUCAAAGUGAUCGUAACAGUGUUCCUAUCUCAUUCCAAUCAAUAGACAUAGUUUCAAAUACAAUCGGGAAUCAGAAGCAAUCAAAAUCACAAAAUGGUUCUGUAGUAGCCCUUGAAAAGAAUGGUUUAAGUCCGGAUCCACCAGAACCUCUGUUCAACAAUUCAGAUGUACCAGAACUGCCGAGGAGGGUUAAACGCGAAGACAAUGGCAUGCCGGAUGUUCUGGACAUGUUUCAAAUUGUCAAUACUAGCAAGUUCAGUUACCUCAAUAUUCCUGUCUUAGACGGCAUUGGCAAAGCUAUAGAAACGAUGACUUCAAGACGAUGGACUUCGAGCAUGGAGAAUGAUAUAUUUGGCUCCCUUCACCAACUUAGUGAACUCGAGAACAUGGUUAUCUUUAAGAGAUUUCUGAAGAAACUGCAAGGAGGUGUUUCCUUGGAUAUUUUUCCAUUUGCAGAGCAUUUGCGGGACCUGGCAUCAUCUAUUGACCACCUUCAACAUCUUAGAGCUAUAGAAACGACGGCUUCUAUCGGAUGGACUUCGGGCAUGGAGGAUCACAUCUUUGGCUCCCUUCACCAACUAAGUGAACUUCAGAACAUAGUUACCCUUAAGAGAGUUCUGAAGAAUCUGCAAGGAGGCGUUUCCUUAGAUCUUCUUCCAUAUGCGGAGCAGUUGCGGGACCUGGCAUCAUCUAUUGACAAUCUUAAACAUCAUAACGUCUUGCGCACUGCGAUAGAAACAUUUGACAUGUUGUACACAGAGCGAUUCUUACGAGAUUUGACUGGUUUUCAUUCUCCUAUUGACGUGUCGCGGUAUCGUCAGCGUCUACGUAAUCUCAUUGAGCCUCUGCGACAUCAGUACAAAACUCACGAUCUUCAAACAUUUGUGGAUAGACUGUUGGAAUCAUACCAAAAGAUCAUCACGCAAAUUGGUGAUAAUGAAUUGGUUUCAUUCAUGAAGGAACUCAGUCAAAUAGGUGAAAGGUAUAAAUCAGAAGAAAAAUAUACACCUCGGAUGGAUUUCCUUGAUGUAGUGAGGCUUUUAGUGCCAAAUACCAAGUUUAACGGCAGCAAAGAUCUUGCGAUAUUCGCCAACAUCAUGGAGCGUGCUAGAUAUUCGAGGAAUAGUAUAAGGGCACUUGACCAUGUCUUGAACGCACUCAAAUCCCUUCAAGAGGACAACUUGGAAGGUUUCUACCCCGUUUUUCAAAACAUGACAUUGGUUGACUUUCUUCAGCUACCAGUAAGUCUUCCAAAUGGGGAUCUCGGCAGUAUACAAGAUCUUGCAAAUCUAACUAAUCAUAUUCCUGUAACAAACAACACUGACCUACAUGUGCUGCAACAGAUAGUUGAGUUAUGGACUCAAUCCCUGGAUAACGGUGAUCAGAAAAUCUCGCUCCAUCCUUUGGUGCACCUGUUCCAGUCACUCGGUGAUAACAACCACAUCAAGGACAAUGUCCAGGAGCUACUGAAUCUCACUAUGAUCACAAAGCACCUCCACACAAUUUCACCGGAUAGUAGGAAGAUAUCGGAUAUUCUAAAUACGUUACAGCAUAUCUUCGAAGAGAACUCUGACCAGUCUGUCGUAGAAGGUGACGAGCUUAACUUUAUCGAUAUUCUUGAUUCACUGAUAGACAGUCGGGAAGGUCUUACCAAUGUAUCACAAAUGGCGUUGAAUGAAUUCGAUGGAAGUCUUGCUCAACUAAUUGCAGGAGCCGCUUCACAGAGGCUGGAAAAUAUUGGAAAUUUUGAUGAACUAUUGAGGGUAGUCUUUCAUCCUCAACAUUUGCACGACUUCCCUGAAAAGUCAGAUCGACUUGCGGAUAUCAUUGGUUCCCUCGGGAGGAUUAAAGAUGAAGAAUUAGCCAAUGGAAUAAACCCAGAUUUAGAAAUUCUUAACAAACUGUUUUCAAAUCUCCAGUCAAAUGUCUCUACAGUGGAAGUUCUCAAACGUUUCUUACUGGACCUGGAAGCAUUGCAAUCGGGUACUUCAUACCAAGAAAGUACAAAUCCUCACAUAGCAAUGGGCUUCAUGGAUUCAAUGCUGCAUAUCUUACCGAGUAACGAAAUCUUAGACCGGGGUAUCACGAAUCUCCCGUUCCUCACCAAGCUCAUUCAAGACAGCGAGGGACAUCGAUAUAAAGGCAGGCUUCCUAUAUUGGCACAGUUUCUAAGGGACCUUCAGCACCUUCAGAUGACACCAUAUUUAGGGGAUUUGGAUGUGUCUCCUGCAAACAUUUCAUACGCUGACUUCCUACAACUUCUGGGUGAUGGUGGGUUCUCGGAAGAUGAAGUAAUUUCAAUGCAGCAGCUAGCAAACCUGACAAAUCACUUCGAUAAUGGGAACGCGUCAGACGAAUUCUUACAUUUAGUAAAACUGCUCGACUUACUUCAACCUCCACAGAAGAAGACAGCCAAUGAACCAGAACCCCAAAGCUCUUCUUUAUUGAACAUGUUUUUAAAUCCAAGAGACAGAUACGACACAAUCGCUGAUAUGGAUGAGUUGAGAGGCAUGAUACCUUUGAGUGAACUUCUGAAUGGACCUGUGAAAGACAUGGUCGUCGACGAAAUAAGGGGUUUAAUUGACUCCAAUUCAAAUCGCCAUUUCCUUCAAAUCAUCAAGUUAGUUCACUUCCUGCGGAAUGCAAUUCACAGGGGAUACCAUACCUCAUCUGGUGAUAUGGGUAUGCUACAAACGUUAUCUACAUUUGCGUCAUUGUGGAAGGAAAAUCUCACCUCAAGUAAUGCCAUUUCAUAUGAAAAUCUUUUAAAAGACUUGGGCAACAUUGAAAAUGACCAGCAAUAUCUAGGACAAGGUGACACAGAGCCACUGGUGCACUUUCUGAUAUUAGCGCUAGGAAAGGAUGAUUGGAAUCCAGUUGAAUUUGACCGACUUUCGCACUUCGCAGACAUGCUGGACAAUGUGUCUACUGCCAUCAAUACUUCAGAAGUACAAAGGAUGAUGAUGGAUAUGUGGUUCAAACCUCCCCAACAUCCAGAUCAAAGAUACUUAAAAUUCUUCUCAGAUAUGCAGAGCAAUGUACAUGUUCUUUCUAAUGAAGAUUUUGUAAAAUUGAACGAACUUGUGAAGGCACAUGCCGAUAGUUUUAAAGAACAUGACCCCAAUGCACUUCCCGACGUUCUCAGCAUUAUUGGCGGGAGCGAAGAUGAGCGGUUAAGUUCACUGAUGCAUUUCCUCGUUUCCCAGCAGUUUCCGGAUUCCUAUGAACCCAACGAUAUAUUGAUGAUGCAAAAUGUUGUCAACAUUAUCAAGCGAUUCAUACCAACCUUGACAGAUGAAAAUGUUGCAGAAAUUACGAAACUGUUUACAUCUCAGGUAGACCACCAAGGACCUUUCACAGAGUAUCUUCGACUAAUGCUGGCUCUAAGAGAUGCAGCGGCAGCCAACCGUUCCCUAGAUAUGCUGACGGAAUUGAAAUCACUGACAAAGGGGUUACCACCAUUUGGGGAUAGAAGCUUAAAGUAUGAGGAUAUGGAGCAUGAUAUCAAGGAUCUACUGAAGAUAUUCGACACUAGGAAUACGGACCAAGGUGACGUUUUAAACUUUAUCAAUACCCUCGCCAAAGAGCCGUAUCGACCCUCUUGGCCCUGGUCUAACUCUGUACUUCCUAAAUUGAAACAAGUAGCAUUUCAUGGCCACCUACCUAAGAAUCUUGGGGAUGACAUGUUGAGCAGUUUUGCUGGCAUCUUUGGACAAUCUCGAGCGGGACCAAAUGACCAACUGAUGUCACUGUUGGAUGAUGUGAAGGAGCAUUUUCAGGAUUCCUAUGAACCCAAUGAUAUAUUGAUGAUGCAAAAGGUUGUCAACAUUACCAAGCGUUUCAUACCGACCUUGACAGAUGAAAAUGUUGCAGAAAUUACGGAACUGUUUACAUCUCAGGUAGACCACCAAAAACCUAUCACAGAGUAUCUUCGACUAAUGCUGGCUCUGAGAGAUGCAGUGGCAGCCAACCGCUCCCUAGAUGUGCUGACGGAGUUAAAAUCAAUCACAAAGGGGUUAUCACUAUUUGGGGAUAGUGGCUUGCGGUAUGAUAACAUGACAAAUGACAUACAGGAUCUACUGAGGUUAUUUGACACUAGCAAUACGGACAAAGGUGACAUUUUAAGCUUUAUCGACACCCUCGCCAAUGAGCCGUAUCAACCCUCUUGGCCCUGGUCUAACUCCGUACUUCCUAAAUUGAAAGACGUAGCAUUUCAUGGCCACCUACCUAAGAAUCUUGGGGAUGACAUGCUGAGCAGUUUUGCUGGUAUCUUUGGACAAUCUCGAACUGGAGCGAAUGACCAGCUGAUGUCAUUGCUAGAUGAUGUGAAGGAGACAGAUAAUUACCAACCUUCCAGUAUAGAUGUCGUUGCUGAAUUAGAUCGUCAUGAAACGAUUAAACAGUGGAUGAAAGAUAGUAAGUCAGCAUUACGAUCCUACCUAGAAUCAGUCAAUGAUGUCCUUGGCUCAGCUACCCAAAGCAACGCAGCUUCGUUCCUUGAUUUCCUAGAUUAUACUGACAUGUAUAAGGAUGCAGAUGAAUUCAAUCGACCCAUUCUAGAUUUGAAGAACCUCUCAGGUAUAAUACCCCGUCCUCUUGGAAAUGCAAGAGCGACGACAUCCAUUUACGAAGAACUUCUGAAGCAGUUUGGACCAGAAGUCCCACAUCCGCCGCUCCUUGCCUUUGUUGAUGCAUUACAGGAGAUGUUCAGUCAGCCAGACAUCGACGUUUCAAACGAUCCCACAAAAUUGAACGAAAUGGGUAGCUAUCUAGAAAAUAUACCGCUGCCGAUGACUACCGCUCUUGACGAUAUUCACAGCAUCUUGAUUAAAACAGAGGGAGCCAAAUCAUAUCUAGAUUACAUGGAAGAUAUGCUAACUUCAUUAACCGGGAUUGGGACCGGAGUGUUGCCUAAACUCGAGUCCUUGCAGGAUCUGGAGGACAAUGGCUUAGUAGACUUACUGCAGAGAUCAUCCUCGCCAUUAGUAGACAAGGCAAUUCUAGAUGAUCUUGAUAAACUUCUAGGUCAGAAAACUUCUGCAGAAAUGUUUGCAGCCGGUUUGGAAGCCACACUCCAAGAUGAGGGAAUGAGAAAUGACAUAAACCAAAAUCAAACCAGCGCACUCUUGAACAAUUAUCAGAAAGACAUAAUCAAGAUGGUCGCAUUCCAGCAAUACUUUGGAGACUUAGGCGAUAUCGUGGACGUUAUUAGCCAAUAUAGCACGUUAAAGGAAAGCAUACACAAACCUGGGUCAGAUAUCCUGGACCUGUUUGGAGACGUGCAGGAGUUCCCGAAUGAAACAUCCACGGGAGAACUCUUUCAAGAUAUGCAUACAUUCCAGGAAAACAUCACUGCCUAUGGAAACGAUCUUGAAAAUACAAUCCAGUUGUUGGCGUCGAUCUUUGAUCUCACCUCUCCCGAAUUCAUCAACGAAAAUGAAAUAUUGCUUAAUGCUUUUACAGAUAUCGCCAUUCAUUCGGAAAAUAUUACAAAAGAUGAGUCAAAGUUACUUUAUCAACGAAUAGAGGAACAUUUCGAGGAGCCUUCGGAGCCAAAUUUCAUGGAACUCCUUGGGAAUAUUACCUUGAUGCUAUUGGCUAAUCCUGAAAUUGAGAUCGAUGAACAUUUCCUUAACGUGAUUGAAGGGAUUGAUUGGACCACAGAUAUAAAUCAGAAAUUUAAAAAGUUACGUAAUAUUGUCGAUGAAAUGAGAGGCAUUCAAGGGCUUUUGAAACAGAACGCAAGUGAAAUUCUUCAAAUGUUCACCCCUCUGUUGGUCCCUUCAUCAAACGAGAUAACGGAACAAGACAAUUCGGACAUGUUUGAACUUUUCGAGGGAUUGGCGCAUGUUGACGAUGAGACUUCCCGUAAUGUUACUAUAGCUUUGCAUGAAGAUAUCCAUAACAAAUUUCUUGAAGUUCCUUAUAGCUUCUCGCGGGAAACAAUAAGCGAACUUCUCUCCGUUAUUGACACUGCAUCUAGUGAUAAAAUGAGUGAUAAGUUAUUCCUUAAGCUGGUCGACAGAUUCGCCGCCGUUAAGAAUGAUACUCAUCAAAUGAAGCUGGUACACCAACUCUUUGAAGACAUGAUGACAAGUGUGUCUUGGAGUUAUAAUGAAACGAUGCCGAGACUCAUUGAAGAUAUUCUGCAUCUACAUAAGAAGAAAAAAUUGUUCCCAGUGUUGGAUUUCAUCCAGACAAUUUUGGUAACGAAUGAAACAGAAAUCGAAAACGAACAAGAAAAUAUGAAGAUAUAUGAUGCAAUGAAUCGCCAUGUAGCGAGUCCCGUUUCAUUCCAAGACUUCACACGAUAUCUCGACAGCAUCCAGGACGUUGUUAACUCUGAAAAUAAGAAUGACUUGAUAGAUGUCCUCGAGACAAUCUAUCCAGUCAGUGAAAAUGCUUCCCGCAAUGAAUCACUAGCUUUGUAUAAACUGAUCACCAGAACGUUCAACGAAACUGUGUUCCAAGACUUCACACGAUAUCUCGACAGCAUCCAGGACGUUGUUAACUCUGAAAAUAAGAAUGACUUGAUAGAUGUCCUCGAGACAAUCUAUCCAGUCAGUGAAAAUGCUUCCCGCAAUGAAUCACUAGCUUUGUAUAAACUGAUCACCAGAACGUUCAACGAAACUGUGUUCCAAGACUUCACACGAUAUCUCGACAGCAUCCAGGACGUUGUUAACUCUGAAAAUAAGAAUGACUUGAUAGAUGUCCUCGAGACAAUCUAUCCAGUCAGUGAAAAUGCUUCCCGCAAUGAAUCACUAGCUUUGUAUAAACUGAUCACCAGAACGUUCAACGAAACUGUGUUCCCAAGAGGCCCAAUUGAAGGCCUGGUGUCCUUUCUCUGGAAGGCUUCUCGAAAUCAAUCUCAUCAGAAGAUUCUUAAUUCAAAAGCAGAUGACAUGCUUUUUCUUCGGUUGGUCGACAAAGUUAGAAUCAUCAAAAAUGAGAGUCAAAAUCGACUACUACUUCGCCGUACAUUUAAUGACAUGAUUUAUCGAGCGUCCAUGAGAUAUAAUCGAACCAUUUCAAGUAUUCUAGAAGACAUUCUCCUCCUACCUCAGCAUGAAGAAAUGCCACCAGUCUUGGAUUUACUUCAGAAACUCGGGGCAUCUAAUGAAUCGAGGAUUGGAAAUAAAGAAGCCAAUUUGAAGAUGUUUGAUGAUAUGAAUCACCAAGUACCAAAUCGCUUUCAGCUACCCGACUUCACGCGAUUUCUGAAGGAUCGACAGUACUUGGGCGAACCGCGCGCUCCUGAAGUUAGCACGUUGGUCAGCUUCUUGCAAAAUGCAUCAAACUUUCGCUAUCUUAAGCAAUCUGAAUCCAAAUGGGUCGACUACUUCCGACUAAUAACCAAUACGUCAGCAUCUGCGACCGAAGAUGUGCUCAGAACUUUUGAUACGCUGGGAAAACAGUCGCGUCAAGGCACCGCCUUGCUAACAGUUGAUCAAGGCACCGAGCUAAUCAACAUCUUGAAGAACAUAUCCGACGGACAGUGGAUUCACCGGGAUGAUUCCUCAUGGAGAAGCAUCUAUGGUUCCUUUGAGAACGCAUCUUCAGCCUCUCAAGGCAAACAUCUAAAUGAAUUCAUCAAGCAUCUUUUCGGAGAAGUUCGGAACGAAGAUUUAUCAGAUGGUAUAUUCUUGGAUAUGAUUGAAGGUCUUCAGAACAAGAGUCUCUUCACGCAUGAUCGUGUUCUACAGUGGAUGGAAGCCUUCAGAGCAAUUAGAAAGAUAUCUCUUAAAGAGCUAAAUAACACUCUUGGAUCUCUCCUAGAAAUCAUGUCUAGUUUGGAUGCAGUAUUGGAGCGACCCCAACCAUAUCCUUCUCCUCGUGAAGAAAUCUUGGGUUUCUUUCAAAAUAUAACAGAAUUAAGCAUGCCAUUACAAAAGUCAGACUCCCUGAACAGUUUCAAUGAAAUGAUACACCGCCUGAAACAAACAGAGGACAAACUUUAUCCAGGAACUGUAAAAGGCAACAGACGGCUCCUUCUACAGUUGGACAGCUUGUUCAAUCCGGAGGAAUUUGAGCGAAAGAAGCGGGAACAUGUGCUACUAGAGUUCUUGUUGAAGAUUCCCCGUUUACUCAACGCAUCGGAGCUUGAUGACGGUGACGUGAUGGCGUUGCAACAAAUCAACGAUUUCGAUUACUUUGAUGAAAGCAUCUACGAAGAACGUCCACCCGAGGAUAACAGAGGAAAAGGCGCCCUUGUUGAUGACUUCCUUGGUGUAAUGCAGAAACUCGUCAGGGUAAAUCUGAACGUAUGGAAUAACUCUUUUCCACAAUUUAUUGGCCAGUCUCCCAGCACCUCUCAACAGGGCACUUAUGACCUACAUCGGAUGUAUUAUUCAUUGGCUGAAGGAAUUCGUAUGAUGUCCAAAGCGUUCCACGGAAUCGUCAGUCUACUCCAGAACCCUGCGCCGACUGUAGAACCGGAGCCAACGACGAUGUCACCAGAAACCAAUGAUCUGGACAAUUUCUUAAACCAAGUUAGCAAUAUGAGCCAGUUGAAAACGGAACCAGACCUAACGCGCACAAUCCAAAGAUUUACGCAACUGACGGCAAUUGUGAAGAAUUCAAAUGGUUCUGAGUUGGAAGAUGUCGUGGAGCUCUUGUCAUCGUUCUUUGGUCCACGGCGUGAGAAAACAGACGAAUGGCGCUUGGAGAAUACAGAUUCCAUUGACAACUGGUCGGAGUGGACAGCAUGGAGCACAUGCUCUGUAACCUGUGGUCAUGGGGUACAUGGAAGGAGACGGACGUGUAGCAUCAAUAUCGAGGGACUCCUCAUCGCGUCUGAUCAAUGCGUAGGGAAAGCUGAAGAAAUAUCAGAGUGUCAGGUGGAAUGCCAGGAGGUAUCUUGGGCCGGAUGGUCCUUCUGGUCUCGAUGUGAUAAUAGAUGCGGUGGCGGUAACCAGACCCGGUCUCGACCAUGCGGUUCGAACCCCACGGAAACCAAUGCAAUCCAUCCUGUCAACCACUUCUGUAACGGCUCCUCCGAGGAAAAGAAAAUGUGUCAGGAAUAUGACUUCGAUGAAUGCUCCCUGCAUGAAAUGUUUGUUCCCGGAACUUGGUCGGAGUGGUCCGCCUGGGCAAAGUGCCCCGAUGUCUGCAAGGGAUAUCGUGACCGGCAGAGGUCAUGUCAUCCAUUGAAUGAAACGACACCGAUAAUCACCCGGAUGAAACGAGACGAAGGCCUUCUGUGUGCAGGAGACGCCAAAGAGAAUGUAUCCUGUGAAUAUUCUACUGUCUGUUUGACGAAGAUGCCUCCAGUUAUCAAUGCCAAUGGUUGGUUUACCCUCGCCCUUCUGUCCCUAUUUCCGUGUAAUAAAACAAAAAUUAGUCUAUUGUAAACUUCUAAAAUUGGUCAGUUUGAUUACAUUAAGCAACGACAAUACUAUAUAUACAAAAUCAAAAUGUUACUUUCUUUGGUUUUUCGGAAAUGUAUAUCCGUGACGUAAAUGUUUAUAUAAUCAUGUAAUUCCCGAUAAAAAAUGUGCUAUUUCAUGUACCCUAUUAAAGUAAUUCCUACUUCCUCAAUAUUUUCAAUCUCUAAACAAAAGGCUCGUGUGAUAAUUACUUUAUGCUGUCUUAUCUCUGAUCAAGUACAAAUAAAUUUUUGGAGAGGGCACUUUCAAUUUUCUGCCAUCCCUAACCUCUCCAUCUCUCUCUCUCUCUCUCUCUCU